CGGAAAAAGUUCCGAGUCGUCUCGGCUCGGCUCGCUCGCGGCCUCCACGAGUCGCAGCUUUCGCCGCAUGAUCGCGCUUUGUACGACCUCUCGAGUAAGCUUUGGAGCUCCGAGUGCUGGUCCACUUCGCCGUUUGGUAACAAAGCCAAGAGCGACGAGGGUGAUGAUAAUUUAAUGGUGAAUCAGAAUCAGAGUGUUUUGGAUGAUCUUUUUGUGGAAAAUGAUUAUGGCGAUGAGGUGAAGAUGAUCAAUUUAUCUAGGCCCAUUGCUGGGCUGGCGGCGAAGACUGUUUUGGACGUGUUCGAUCAGUCUUUGAAUGAGGUUCGGAUGGUUCUUGUUCAACAUUUUCUGCUCUGCCCCGACCAUGUUGGUUCGGUGUCGGACUUGGGCUCUGGCUCUGGCUCAUGUUCCUCCAAUGAGGGUAAGACUGCACUGGACUUGGAGCGGCAAUGGCAGCUCCAACGGCUUGCUGAAUUGGAUGUAUUGUCUCAGAGAUUGAGGUUGGUUCUCGACAACACGAUUCGGGGCCAAUGAGUUUAUCUAAGUAAUUUGUAUAGGAAAUUGACAUAUGUAAUGGAAUUGCUCUUUCGAAUUUUGUACAUUUCCCCUCAUAAUAUACAAGGAUUAGGUUGACUUAAGUAAAAUUUUGUGUUUAUAUAUGUUCUAGGUUAGAGGCUGAUUUCCUCUCAACAGAGGCAUUCUUCGGAUUCGUAGGGUUGUGUUUAGUUCCUUUAGUGAUGGUGUGCUUGACGUGUCGUUAGAGAUGAUGGGAGACUUGGCAUAGUGCAAAGCUGCCAUCUUAGUUUUUUUAGUAGAGUGGCUCAGGCACGGAACUAGGAAGGGAAAGUGUGUUUUCUGUAGUUGACGAUAAUUUUUCUCAGGCAGAAGGUAUCUUGCCAUGUGCUUUAAGACUUGUGACCUUAACCAAAUAAGCAGAUCCCUUGGUGCUGAUAUUACCCUUUUGAA